AAGACGAUAAUAGUCGCAGUAGAACCAUUAGAGAGCGCUACUCACGCUGCUAAACGCCGGUAUUCACACAACUCGAGAAUACGACGUUCGUUUCGAAUUUUCAACUAAAGACAAGCGUACUAACACCCUCUCACCACCACAACAGCCUAUCGGCAGCAGCUGCCUACAUUGCGAGCUAAGCGACAGAUUUAUUCACUUCCACUCAGUGCAGGUUGAUUAGUUGGAGGAGAAAAGCGCGAACAGAACUACGUUAAGCGGAAGAAUUCGAAAACGUGAAGCUCAGACGCGUUAAUAAAUUAUAAUUCUUUUUUUUUUGACUGCGGUGUCACAACUGUUUAACAUUUCGUGUGUUUUGCAUAUUUUUCCUUAAUGCAGAGCAGUAACUAAAUUUGUGUUUUAAUUUUAAAUAAUUGCAAAAUUAAAAACCACAACAAACUGUGAUAUAAUUGUAAACGGGAAUUUUUAAUAAAGUUCGAAAAAAUGAAAUUCCUAUAUUUUGCCUGUUUUGUGUUGAUGGUCCAGUGGACGUAUGGAGCGGUAUCGACUCUGCAACCACCCACAAUAAUUCAUACCUUGAAUUCUACUGAUGUGGGUCCUGAAUUUCUAUCGCUGAAUGAAACAUCAUCAACUACUACAACGACCACCAAACCAGUCACCCAGGCAAUCCAUCGCAAUAGGGAUGGCAAGGACGACGAAAAUGAAACGGAAAAGCCAAUUGAAGAUGCCAACUUCUGGUUCAAUGUGGCUCGCAAACAGCUGGACAAGGUCAUAAAGAGUGCAAUGAAAAAUCAAGAGAAUGGCUUUAAACGUAAAGCGAAAAAUAUCAUAAUUUUUGUGGGAGAUGGUAUGGGAUUGACGACAAUAACAGCGGGACGCAUCUACAAGGGACAGUAUUUGAAACAUGGCCACGGUGAGGAGGAGAAAUUGGCAUUCGAUGAGUUUGCCUAUACUGGCUUGGCCAAGACUUACAAUGUUGAUAAACAAGUACCCGAUUCGGCUGGCACAGCUACGGCCAUGUUUUGUGGCGCUAAAAGCGAUUAUGGUGCCAUUGGUGUGGACACAACACGCUCCAAGACUAAUGCCCAGCAGGGACGUCUUACAUCAAUUAUGGAUUGGGCCCAGGCCGAGGGCAAACGUACGGGAAUUGUGACAACCACACGUAUUACUCAUGCCACACCGGCAGCUACUUAUGCUCGUAUCUAUCACCGUGAUUGGGAGUGUGAUACAAAGGUGCCAAUGGAAUCGCAAGGCAUUCACAAAGAUAUUGCUAGACAAUUAAUAGAAAAUGCACCGGGUAAUAAAUUCAAUGUCAUCAUGGGUGGUGGUCUGAAACCCUUGGGCGCCACAAAUCCCAAUGAAAAACGUACCAUUCCAUGGGAAGGUGAUACCGAAGAGAUCUGUUCCCGUGGUGAUGAUAUGAAUUUACCAAAGCAAUGGUUGCAAAUGGGUAAAGAUAUGAACGAGAAAAGAGAAUUUGUACAAAGCAUAAAGGAAUUGGAUGAAUUGGAUUUGAAAGAAGUUGAUCGUUUGAUGGGUUUGUUCCGCAACAAUCACAUCACUUAUGCCAUUGGUAAGGAAGAAGGAGAACCGUCACUCAAGGAAAUGACUGAAGCUGCCAUUGAAGUGCUACAGCGGGAACAUUCCAAUGGCUUUGUUCUUCUGGUCGAAGGCGGACGUAUCGAUCAGGCUCAUCAUCAGAAUUAUGCUCAUGCUGCCCUCCACGAAGUCUAUGAAUUCGAUCAGGCCAUUGAGGCAGCAUUGGAGAAUACGAAUGCCAAUGAAACUCUCAUUCUAGUCACCGCCGAUCACUCACAUUCCGUAACCCUCAAUGGUUACCCGAAACGUGGCAAUGAUAUUCUGGGUUUUGCCAAUAAAGCCAGUGACCCCAUGGCCUAUGAGACAAUUAUGUAUGCCAACGGUCCUGGUUUCUAUGAUCAUUUAGCCAAUGAUACAGCCGCCGUAGCCCAAAGUCCUCUCAAUUUCUGGAAAAACUUAAGCACUCUAACAGCUGAACAGGUACAUGCACCGAACUAUCGCCACAUGGCUACCGUGCCACUUAAGGAUGAGUCUCAUGGUGGUGAAGAUGUUAUUGUCUUCGCAAAUGGCCCCGGAUCAAGUUUGGUGCGGGGUGUCUUCGAACAAAACUAUUUGGCAUAUGUUAUGAGCUAUGCUGGAUGUAUGGGUCCAGCAAAGGAUUUCGACGAGACAUGCAGAAGUAGCGCCUCAUCCCUGGCAUCGGCAACCACAAUGCCAUUGCUUAUUGUUUUGGCCGUGUGUUUAAUUAAUUAUUUUAAAUAGAUUUUAAGUUUGUUGAUUGUUGUAAUUAAAGAAGCUUCCUAGUUGUAUUAAUGUUAAUUUUAAUAAAACAAAAUAAACUAGUAUAAAUUGCUGGACAAAUUA